AUGAUGGCUAUUUUCUGUGGACUUCAUAUUGAUUUCUUAAUAUUUCUCCUCUUUUUUAGCAUUUUGAUGUUUUUUCUCUACCGAAUAUUUCGGUUUCCUCGGCCGACACCACACUUAGUUGAGAGCUUUCUUAAACGGGGGACAUUGACAAGACAUUCUCCAAUAAUUAUCGGUCAUCGAGGAGGAGGAUUAGAAGCUCCAGAGAACACGCUCGCCGCGUUUAAAUUAGCUAAAGAAAAUGGAGCAACAGGAGUUGAAUUCGAUUUAGACUUUACUAAAGAUGGCAUUCCUGUAAUAAUUCAUGACUCAACCGUGGAUCGGACAACAGAUGGAACAGGAAAAGUGUGUGACUUCACUUACGACGAGAUCAGACGGCUGGACGCAUCUGCAAAACAUCCCCUUAGGUAAACUUUUAUUAAAAAUUUCCGUGCUUAAAAAAGUGUUAUUCUUUGAAUCUGAUAUUGACCUACCGGUAUAUCUAGGCUCGGUAUAUUGACCCCAACGUUGUUUACAUGUUAGUGGGUGGCAUUCUGCCGGGAGGGGGACUACUUGGAUUAAUUUUUGCUGGGUAUGUGCCGCUGGUCUCUCAGAACCCCUACCCCAUUAUAGUCUAUUCUGUGGCUAUAUUGUAGAUCCCAUCUUAAUCAUUUUUUGAGAAAAAAGUAGUUUUAGCAAUCCCAACUUAGUCACAUUCUGUUUAUGCAUCUACCUUAUAAAGCCUUUUAUCAAGGUCAUCCAGAAAUAAACUGACACAUUUGUUAAACUUAAUGUGGUGUAAAUCUUUCUAUUUUUAAAUUGCUACAUACACUACAUACCCUGCGAGCAGAGGCUACAAUUUCGCUGUGUGAGCUGGCGUGCGAAAAGUAGCUUCUACCAACAACCGUUCAAAUCCAUCCAGUAAUCUGGACGAAUGAAUUAAAAAACGGGUCUUUUCCUGUUUGACCGGUUUAGAGCAUUGCAUGAGUCUUGCGUAGCAGAUCAGAGCUGUUGCAAUUUUUUUAUUUCCGUGAAAACCGUGAAACUUGUGCCAUAUUUUGACAACAGACCUGACGAUUAAUUUUGCUUGCGAAUCAUGUGAUGAAUUUCGUGCAUGCAUGAUAGAAAAUUGAACGGUUGUCAAUAGAGGCUACUUUUCGCCCGCCAGCUCACACAGCAAAACUGUAGCCUCUGCUUGCAGGGUAUACCACAUGGCACUGUACCUGAAUUUUCUAACCCCCAAAAUCCUUAAAAUGUGCAACCCCAUUCUCGUAACUCUUAUAAAAAUGCAACCCCAUAAUAGUCAAUCCAGUCGUGGAAAUGCGACCCCAUCCAGCAGCUCAUAGCAGUUAGCCUACUAUUGGGAAGUACCCCCAGGGGGCAUUUGUAAGUGUUAAAUAGUGUUGUUAUCCUGUUUACAGGGACAGGUUUCCCAAAGAACGUAUCCCACAUCUUCAAGAAGUAAUUGAUCUCUGUCUAAGCCUUGAUUUACAGAUGUACAUUGAUGUGAAAGCUGCAACACAAGCUGUUAAAGUAUAAGUUAUUUAAUUUACUUAUCAUAUAGACAGGAAAGCAUCAAUUCAUGGUUUUAAAUAGUUGUAAUAUACCAGGCUAAUAUCGUUAACUAAUGCAUUUUUCAGCAGCUAUUGGCAUGUCAUUGGGGGGAGGGGGUUGACCUCAGGGAACCCCCAGCCAUUUCACAACCAUAAAAUUUUCUUCUUGUUUUAUUUAAUAUCAGGAAUCAAAACAACCCCAGUCAACAGACAAGUCUGGCCAAGAUGGCCAUUUGUCUGGACAAACCUUCUGUUUGCCUGUCAUUUUGACCAGACACAGUGAUAAGUGUCAAGAAACACAUUUUCACAACAUUUUUACAGUUCAAGAAGACAAGCAUCUUUUUUCACUAGACUCUGUGUUUGCUUGUUGGGGCUAGUACAUCAUUUAAGGCAUUCUUGCAUUAUUUUAACUCUUUGACUGGUUUGCAGAGAGGCGUGGCUGAGCUAAAAUAAGUGCACCAGGCUGCGAAGCCCUGAACAGAAGUCUUUCUUACAGGUUAUGAACUUUUCAAGCCUUGUCCUAGCACAGUCUUAGAAAGCAUUCAAAGCAAGUUACAUUGCCUAAGAAAAUUAUGAUCCCAAAAAGAUUUUCACUGAUCCUUUACAUGAUAAUAAGUGUGAAGAUUUAAUGAAUGACUGUGAAAGGUCAGGACUGCAAACUACAGUUUCGUUUUGCAUUGCUGCAACCAAAAGUCACUCAAAGUGACAACCUUAAAAUCCAAAAAUUGUGGUCCUGCCACGAACUUCUGACUUGAUCCCAAAAUCUUGGAAAAAAUUAAAUAAUUUUUUAUCAAGAGUCCCAAAGUUUUGUUUUUGUGUGUUAAAACUUGUUGCACCAAGAUCUCAAACUUUCAAGCAUGAUUUUCAAGGAGAUUUAAUUUACCUGAACCACUAUUGGCCAUGCUACUGUGGGGGAGGAGGAAUAAAGCCUGCUAACUGAGGGUGCAGGCAUCAGUUGGCUCUGCAUGGUUUGAAUGAAGCAUGUGUGUUUUUGUGUGCAAUUAAGUAAGCAACCCCAGUCUCAAAUUAGGGACCUUACGAUCCAACAAUGGUGACGUCCAUGAAAACAUAACUGAAUAAUAGACUCAGCACCCUUUCAAUUAACCAUUUCGCUAUUAUCCCAAGUCGCCCAGUAACUAAAAGAGGGGAAUUUAAGUUAGAGCUAAGGAGAGGGGACCGCACCCCGGUUCAGACAGAGAUGGUAGAAUUUAUUACUUGGCCAUUCCCAUCCUUAAGUAAACUUAAUAUUUGGUCAUUUCAUGUCGUAGUUGUGCAGGGACGGUAAUGAAAUGUACAAAAAAGUGUGAUGCAUGUACAGAGUUGUUGUUUUUCUCAUUAAACCCACUGACUUUUUUACAUUGCCGUUGCGGUCGUCGUUUUAGUUUUGUAAGGCCCCUAAUAUCUCAAUGAGUUUUAACUUAAAAGUUAUCAGGCAGAGCACAAACAAAAACACCCCAAAAAACACCAGUUAUGCAGGCAAACGUCAGAGCUUAUGUGCCAUAAUAAACCAAGUUCUGAACAGACAGGAUGAUUGCAGAUGUGACAUAAUAUUAGAUCUAGAGACUUAGGAGUGUCAUAGCCAAAAAAACUAGCCACUAGUCAUGGAUUACAUCUGGUAACAUUAUAUUCCAACCAUUCAGCUAGUUACACUUUAUUACUUAACAGGCUGCGAGCAUCCUAAAAGAGGUAUUUGCCAGUCAUCAGUUGUAUAAUAAGGCCAUGGUGUGCUCAUUCUACCCCAAUGUUACUUUCCAGGUGAGAAAAGUAUUUAUCAGUAUUUUACAGUCAAAUAUGAAUAGGGUGUGAGCUCAGAGGUUCCCUGGAGUUUUGGUACUUAGUUACAAUGCAUGCAAAUUUCAAAUUUGCUUUAUUGUAUUCAGCAUGCAAAGAAAGUCGUACCUAAUAGCAGGAGGCUAGUGGAUUUUGCUAUUGAAUUCCGUUCUUAACUUGCCAGAUGGGCCAGUGAAUUUUUUUGGGUAAUUUAAUUUUUAAAAAUUAUACAAGAAUAAUGUAUGUAGUCAUCCUGCUUAUCAAAACUAUUUUUUCUUACAGGCUAGUUGUCAUGACUCAUGAAAGGCUGUGCUCUGCAAAAAUUGAAAGUAGCCCAGUGCUCUGAACCUGUGAAAUCCAGGGUGCCCAGUAUAUGAUUUCUAUCAAAAAGCUAAGAUUUUCCAGUCACUCGAGAACAAAAGUUAGGCGCCAGGGGACACCAGGCUCUGCUAGAGCACAGCCUUGGUCAUGGGCUACGCAGUACAUGCUACAACCUUAUUAUCACUUAUUUUCACGUGACUUUAUUUUCGUGAAUUUGGAAUAGAAAUAUUUUGCGAUUUUGACGAAUCAGCGUUUUCCAAGGUAUGGUAAUUAAAUUUCACAAAUCAAGUACACUGGUGCUUCUUUUUUAAACUUCCAUUCUUGCAUUUUAUUUAAACAUAACAGAAUAGAAAUGCAACAAGCAACUGGCUGAAAUGUUCAGCAAUGUUAGCAACAUAACAUCUUUUUAAAGUAGACUGAGAUAAGCAACCGAGCACUAUUUAACUCAGUGGCACUGCUGAUUAGCUUUUAGAUAACGAUCGCCUCAAUGUUUUCAAAUGGAUGGUUGUCUUCCCUUGAACAAGUUCAGAUAUUCCUGCUUUGUUCCAUCCUUUUGCAAUGUGCCGCUUUCCUUCGGUGCCUGUCAAGUGGUUGUAAAGGCUCACCAGCCAGGUGGCAUGUAAGGGCUUCAGAACAGAUAGCCCUAAAACGACCUCAUCAGUGCUGUUUCCCAACUCCAUUUGUUUCUGAACUGCGACCGAAUACCAAGUUGUAAACAUAUCUGUGCUUUAUCAACGAUAUAUAUGUUGAUGGCAAAUUUGAAGACUGUACUGAGGAAGUGUUGCAGGAACUAAUUCAGCAAGAUGAAUCAGAUGAUGAGGAAUAAGGACAUGCAUUGCACCGAAAUUUGAGCCCUCCUACUUGUAUGCAUACUCCUAGCAGAUGGAAAACUUAAUGAAAGGUUUUUAAAUGGGUCACUAAAUUAAUUUUGUGUCUUUAAUUUUUGUCGCACCUUAUUUUCACAGGUCUUUAAUUUUGCAAAAUUUUUUAAAUCGCAAAAAUCAUGAAAAUUAAGUAUUACGAAAAUAAGUGAUAUUAAGGUAGUUUUAGCUUGCCCUUUGGGCAGGCUUUCAACACUGAGACUUCUCUGUACCUUUGUUUGAAGUGUUAGGAAUAAUGAAAAUGGUAGUGGAGACAUAUGACUAAAUAAACCUUUUAGGUGAAAUUUUAUUAUUUUUAUUAUUUUCGUUUGUGUAAUAUAUCAGGUUAGACGAGCUGAUCCCAAUAUUUUGACUGCCCUCACAUGGGAAAAAAAGUUUAUAUCUAACUUUGACUAUGAUGGGCCACCCAGAUACAAGCAAUGGUGGAAGCAGAUGUUGGCUUCAGUGUUGGACAGAAUCUGGGAACUUCAUCUCCAUUCAUGGGUUUAUGAUUUUUUAGGAGUGGGCGUAUUUCUAUCACACACAGCUCAUCUUUCAAGGUUUCAAUUUAAAAAAUCUAAAUAAUGUUAAGUUACUUUUUAAUCAGCUAAAGAAUUUAGCUGAUUAACCCAUUCGCCCUUGGAGAUUUUGCGUUUUGAAUCUAGUCGAGUGGUUUUCCGGUCACUGUCGUGCUGUAAAGAGCUAAAACUUAACACAAAGCUGUUUACGGGUCGUACACUUCGUGGCCUUGUGAUCCAGAUGCAAAAUAUUAGCUUGCAAAGUUCGGGCAUGCACAGAAAGCAAAAUUUUCAGAUAGUUUUUGGGUUUAAAAAUGACACAGCAGUCUUGAUUGUCACUUUUCACUUUCUCUCCUCACGACUCCUCUUUCUCACUUUUCUUGCCUCAUUUUUUUUUCUCUUGAAGUCACAAGCGGUAUGUAGAAAGGACAUGGAUCUGCACAGGCGGUUACAGGGGGCUCAGGGGUGAAUGGGUUAAAACAUUUUGACCAAUCAUAAGUCAGAGUCCAAACAAUGGCCAAGAAAAGAUCACCAUUUUACAUGAUUGUUUCUCACAUAGAAUUUCUGUGUUACUUAGACUCAGACGGGACUUGGUUAUAAGUUAGGAAACAAAGGAUUAAAAUACAUGCUGCGUUGUAGAGAUUUCGUAGAAUUUGCUGUUCAAACCAAUCAGAAAUAGUAGAGACAAUAGUAAAGUAAGCACCUUUUUACAUUCCCACAUGUUCAUUGCAUUUGGUUGUUUCCUUCUUAUCUGGACCAGUACUUAAACAUCUAAUUUCACCACCAAACAUCAUUGCUUAUUGAGUCAGAGAGCAAAAGAAAAUAUCACUACAGAUAUAAUAAUACUGCUGAGACUUUGAACAGUUAAUUCUAUUCUUUAUUACCUGAGGAAAUUGAGGGAAAAAGUCCAGAGAAUGAUAAAAUCACUGAAACUCUCAUUUCUUUCAGGGAAUAUGUGAAGAAAUGGCAAGACAAAGGAGUUGAUGUUGUUCUGUGGACUAUUAACCAUCCCGCUGAGAAGGACUAUUUCACUACAGUGCUCAAAUGUCCAAUCAUGACAGACUGUGUCAAGGAAGUGCAGAGCAGACCUCACUCUAAUUAACAAUCAUGUAGUAAAUUAGAUUUCGAAUAGCAGGUUCAAUUAAUUUACUAUUUAAAAUAACAUUUUUAAACUUUUUCCUUUAUGUGUUACAUUGUGUAACAUAAUUUUUUUACAGUGGAGGAAAGGGUUUUGGAUGUUUAACUCUUUCUUUCCUAUAAUCGUGGCCAAAGAAACAAUUCACUAGAAAAUUCAAAUUUAUUUUUUUAACAUACUAAGAAAUAAAUAACACUACGUAAAAGUUCUGCCAAAGAGGUUACAUUUGAAUGGUACAAAUGUAACAUCUGUACAGCCAGGAUUUCAACCACAGAUUAAGAAGUUACAUAAACGAGUUAGUGACAAAUAACAUCACUAGUCUUGGACUGAACAGGUCCUAGGGUUUAAAAAUCUUGAUUUACAUGAUAUGUACAUGUACAGACAUUAUUUAUAUUCUAAACUAUUAAAACAGAAACUUUAAGUUAUAAUACAAAGGAGUGAAGGUUAUUUUAACUUAUCAUUGGCAUGAGUGCUAUUCAGAGAAAUUAACAUAUCAUACUCUUGUGUAUAAAGCUGUACAGUAAAAUCCUCAUUGGAAUUUUCAUUUUACUUUUGUUUUAUUGUUUUGUUUUGUUUGUUUUUUGUUGUUGCCUUGAACCAAGUCUAAAUUCUCUUCCCAACUAGCAAUGUUAUCUUACACCUGAGGGAUUUCACUGUAUUCAUCAGUAG